AAAAUAAUUUUGAAAAUUCUACGUUGGUUAUGAAGUCUUCUGAAAUGGAAUGAAAAACUAAAAAUCCCUAAAAUCUUAAUCUAUAAAUGAACAAAAUAUUUAAUGGGUAAAUCCAAAAACCCUUUUCCAAUAAGAAUAAGUACCUCCGGAUAAAACAAUACUAAGUAAAACCAAUUUAACAGUAAGGCAAGCCCAAUUAAGUCAAUUAGCCUAAAUAAAAACGUGUCAAGUCUUUUUGGAACACAAUAACUAAUUACACUUACAGGUAAUCAUUUACCUAUGUUAAAAUGCGUCACAUAGUAAAAGAAUUGACAAAGUAUUGUACCAAAUUUCCGCAUUCGUGCGUGCGUGCGGUGGCCGAAAAAUAUACUAAUUUCCGCAAUUCGAUAAAUUUUCGUCUGGUCUGGACAUACAUAAGUAGUAAGAUAAUUAGAAUCACGUACGUAUAAAUAUUGAUCUAAUUUGGCCAUUGUGCGAUAUUAUUAUCCAAUCGGUUUUCAUCAGUGAAAGUUCAGUUUUUUUUUUUCUAAAUUCAAUAAUGGAAUUGUGUAUGAUGGUGUUAAUUGCAAUUUCGAGUGUAAUUUGUAUGGUUUUGUUUAAAAAUUGGAACUUUUGGUGCAAAUGUAACGUUUGUCUGGUCGGGAAGACUGCUAUUGUUACUGGCGGAGCUUCAGGUCUCGGAUACCAAGUAGCUCUAGCAUUAGCUUCGAAAGGAUGUCGAGUCAUCAUAGCCGACAUUUCGGACUCUUCAGAAGUAAUCGAGAGAAUUAAGCGACUGACUACCAAUCAGUUAAUUAUAGGUAAGAAGAUUGAACUUCAAUCCCUUCAAUCAGUGAGGGAUUUUGCCUCGGAUAUUUUGAAAACUGAAUCGAGGCUGGAUAUUUUGGUUUGCAAUGCUGGUAUAGGAGAGUACAGAAAAAAAUAUACAACUGAAGAUGGACUAGAAAGGACAAUGCAUAUAAACUAUUUUGGUCAUUUUUUGCUCACUCAUUUGCUUUUAGACUUGCUGAAAAAAUCAGCCCCUAGCCGGAUAGUGUUUACAAGCUCGUUGACGGCCUAUUUGUCCGAUUUGAGCCUGGAAAAUUUGCAUCCGCAACCGGAAUAUUAUGAAAGAUUGUUCAUUAAACUAAAUGGAGGUGUUUAUAGCAAUUCAAAGUUGGCUUUGACUGCAGCUGCGAAGAGUUUUGGACAAAAAUUAGACGGUACUGGAGUAACCGCAAACGUCGUCCACCCGGGAAUAGUAAAAACUGACAUCUUCCGGAACGCCAUCAAAAACGACCGAAACAUUUUCGGAAUGUUCUUUUUAAUUUUCGUGUACCUCCUCGGCAAAACCCCAACAGAGGGCGCCCAAACUCUAAUCCACGUGGCACAAAGCGAAGAAACAAAAACCACUACGGGACAAUCGUUCAUCGAAGGCAAAAUUCGGCCGCGCCCUCUACAAUUAACCGACACUUUUUGCUCGCAACUCUGGGACACUUCGAUCAAGUGCACCGGGUUGCAACCACAAGAAUUAGGAUGCUGAUUUAUAUAGUUCCUUAAUUGAAAUAAAGACAAAAAAAAAUGAGAUUACC